AUGUCUACAAGUAGUAUUGACGAAAAGUACAAGGGUGUUACCCUUGUUGAAGAGAGAACCGAAACCGAAUCUCAAAAUGCUGAUAUCGAUGAUUACAUUUCCAAGUUCUUGGAUAUGUCUAAUGAAGCUAAGGAUAAUGACCAAAAGGAAAAGCACAUGCCUCUUGGUGAAUGUAUAAGAACUUUCCCUAAGGCUGUUAUGUGGUCUAUUAUUCUUUCAACUGCGUUGAUUAUGGAAGGUUAUGAUACAAACUUGUUAUCAAGUUUCUUUGCUUACCCUGGUUUUGCUAGAAAAUUCGGUGAUUGGUAUCCUGAUAUUCAACAAUAUCAAAUCCCAGCUAGAUGGCAAACUGGGUUGUCAAUGGGUUACAACUGUGGUCAGUUGAUUGGUCUUUUCCUUGCCGGUAUCUUUGCUGAUAUGAUUGGGUAUAGAAAAACUUUGAUGCCUGCUUUGAUUGCUUCUGUUGGUUUGAUUUUCAUUCAAUUCUUUGCUCCAAAUAGAGAAGUUUUGUUAUUCUCUUAUGUCUUGUUGGGUAUUAACUGGGGUUCUUACCAAACUAUUACUGUCACUUAUGCUUCUGAAGUUGCUCCUACGACGCUUAGAGUUUAUCUCACCACAUAUGUUAAUGUCUGUUGGGUUUUUGGUCAAUUGAUUUCUUCUGGUGUUAUUAAGGGUAUCCUGACGAUGCAAGGAGAACAUGCAUACCGUAUUGCUUUUGCUAUUCAAUGGAUCUGGCCAUUGCCUUUGUGUUUAGGUGUUUAUCUUGCUCCUGAAUCUCCCUGGUUCUUGGUUAAGAAGGGAAGAUAUCAAGAAGCUAAGAAGUCUCUUACCAGAUUAUUAACUGAAAACAAAAACUUGCCAAAGAAGGAAAUCCUUGCUGAACAUAUGUUAACCAAGAUUCAAAUGACCAUUAAAGAAGAAGAUGCCCUCAAGAGUGGUGGUUCUAUUAAGGAUUGUUUCACUGGUGUCAACUUGAGAAGAACUAGAAUUGCUGGUUUCACUUGGUUAGUUCAAAGUAUUACUGGUUCAUGUUUGAUGGGUUACUCUACUUAUUUCUACACUCAAGCUGGUUUACCUGAAUCUAUGGCUUUCAACUUUUCUAUCAUUCAAUAUUGUUUAGGUAUCAUUGGUACUGUUGGUUCAUGGUUCCUUUCUCAAAAAGUUGGUAGAUUCGGAAUCUACUUCUAUGGUUUAUGUUGUAUGUCGGUUCUUUUACUCAUUGUUGGUGGUUUAGGUGUAUCUGGUUCCAAGAAUGCUUCAUGGGGUGUCGGUUCAAUGCUUCUUAUUUAUACCUUCACUUAUGAUUUAACCAUCGGUCCAUUAUGUUACUGUAUUGUUGCUGAAAUACCAAGUGCUAGAUUGAGAGCUAGAACUGUCAUGUUGGCAAGAAACUUGUAUAAUUUGGCUAACAUCAUUGUUGGUAUCAUUACUCCAUAUAUGUUGAACCCAACUGAAUGGAACUGGAAGGCCAAGUCUGGUUUCCUUUGGGCUGGUUUUGCUAUCCUUUCUAGUAUUUGGGUUUAUUUCGAAUUACCAGAAACUAAAGGUAGAUCAUUCGCUGAAUUGGACAAAUUAUUCCACGACAAGGUUCCUGCUAGAAAGUUCAAGUCUACUGAAGUUGAAACUUUCGAUGCUGUUCAAAUGAUGGAAAAGUUAGGUGAACAAGGUGUUAAAGACUUCAUUGUCCAAAAGGAAAGAGUUGGAACUGAAGAUCAAAUCCUGGUUGAUGACUCCGAGUAA